UCUCUCUCGAAGAAAGGCAAAACACAGUUUGGGUCAAAACUUUCCAUUUUAUUACACAGAAACAAAAUUUCGUAGAUCGUUAAAAGAAGGAAACCAAAUCCCCUCUCUCCCCCAAUUCAAUUCAAGCAUCGUCCUUCCUCAGAUCUGAUCCCCCCCCCUCGAUUCAUCCGCCAUUCUUCGAAAGGGGUGUUGAUUGGUGCUAAAUCGGGAAAGAAAAAUGGCGAGUAGGAUGGAUCAGGAAUACGAUUAUUUGUUUAAGAUCGUGUUGAUCGGAGACUCGGGUGUGGGGAAAUCGAACAUCUUGUCCAGAUUCACGAGGAAUGAGUUUUGCUUGGAAUCCAAAUCCACCAUCGGUGUCGAAUUCGCCACCAGAACUACUCAGGUGGAAGGAAAGACGAUCAAAGCUCAGAUCUGGGACACUGCAGGCCAGGAGAGGUACAGAGCCAUCACCAGCGCUUACUACAGAGGCGCAGUGGGUGCACUCCUUGUCUACGACAUCACCAAGAGGCAGACAUUUGACAACGCCCUGAGGUGGCUGCGCGAACUCAGAGACCAUGCUGAUUCCAACAUCGUCAUCAUGAUGGCUGGGAACAAAUCCGAUCUCAACCACUUGAGAUCCGUUGCUGAGGAGGAUGGUCAGAACCUGGCCGAGAAGGAAGGUCUCUCUUUCCUGGAGACGUCUGCUCUCGAAGCUACGAACGUGGAGAAAGCGUUUCAGACCAUCUUAGGAGAGAUCUACCACAUCAUAAGCAAGAAGGCACUGGCUGCACAAGAAGCAGCUGCAGCUAACUCCGCGAUUCCGGGGCAGGGAACUACGAUUAACGUCGAUGACACGUCUGGAGGCGUGAAACGAGGUUGCUGCUCUACCUAAAACGAAAAGGUAAUAAUAUAUGUUUUCUGGCUUAUCAUCCCAAGAUUCAAAACUUUUGUUUUCUGGCUUAUUCCUUAUCCCAAGAUUCGAACUUUUGUUUUCAUUGGCUCCUCCUCUUUCAUUUCAACUUUUGGCUCAUGCAAGACCAUGUAGAAUACUUGUCAACUUACUCUGUUUUUAUUUUUUUUAAUGCUCUUCGGCUGUGUUCAUUUUAAAAGCUUGUGAGAUUCUGUAUUCAGUAAAGCUUUGUUGGUAGUAUA